UUUACCCUUUCAUUUUCUAUGCUAAAAAUUCAGCAGCUCUCGCAACCAGCGCCUCCAUCUCUCGUCUCCAUUUGCCUCAAAACCCUAGCGUACACUACUUCAUACAAACUGUUUUUUACUCUCGGCACCCAUGGAUAUCGAGGCCGAGAUCCGUGCAUUGCAGCUUGACUCUGCUGAAGAUAAUAAUGGUACGGUCAUUCCUGAAGAUGCAAAACCGGAAGAAGUUGAAAUGACAGAUAAGGCAGAGGAAGUUGAAAUGACAGAUAAGAUGGAGGAAGAAGGCAUGAAGGAUAAGGUUGAUACUAAAUCCCAGCCAGUCCAGGCUGAGCCAAAAGUGAAAGACAAGGAAGUAGUUGUUCUGGAGGAUGCAGAAGCACCAGAUGAAGUGGACUCACAAAAGAAGCGCCAUUUGAAUGUUGUCUUUAUUGGUCAUGUUGAUGCUGGCAAGUCAACAUCUGGAGGCCAAAUACUCUUCCUCAGUGGUCAGGUUGAUGACCGUACAAUCCAGAAGUAUGAAAAAGAAGCCAAGGAGAAAAGUAGGGAAAGCUGGUAUAUGGCAUAUAUUAUGGACACUAAUGAAGAGGAGAGGGUUAAGGGCAAAACUGUUGAAGUUGGAAGAGCACACUUUGAGACUGAGACUACUAGAUUUACUAUUUUGGAUGCACCAGGUCACAAGAGUUAUGUUCCAAAUAUGAUCAGUGGGGCAUCUCAAGCUGAUGUUGGUGUGCUUGUGAUUUCUGCACGUAAAGGGGAAUUUGAAACUGGAUACGAGAAGGGUGGGCAGACCCGUGAACAUGUCCAGCUGGCAAAGACCUUGGGAGUUACGAAGCUAGUUGUAGUAGUUAAUAAGAUGGAUGAUCAUACCGUCAACUGGUCUAAAGAAAGGUAUGAUGAAAUUGAGUCAAAGAUGACACCUUUUCUGAGAUCGUCUGGAUACAAUGUGAAGAAAGAUGUCCUGUUCCUACCAAUAUCUGCUCUUAUUGGGGCUAAUAUGAAAACAAGAGUAGAUAAGAGUACAUGUCCUUGGUGGAAUGGUCCUUGCCUAUUUGAAGCCCUCGAUUCUAUUGAAGUUCCUCUCAGAGAUCCAAAAGGUCCAUUUAGGAUGCCUAUAAUUGACAAAUUCAAAGACAUGGGAACUGUUGUUAUGGGAAAGGUAGAAUCUGGGAGUGUUUGUGAGGGUGAUUCCUUAUUAUUUAUGCCAAACAAGGCUCAAGUGAAAGUUCUAGCUGUUUAUUGUGAUGAAAAUAAGGUUAGGCGUGCAGGACCUGGUGAAAAUCUACGAGUUAGAUUAUCUGGGAUUGAAGAAGACGACAUAUCGGCAGGUUUUGUCUUGACAAGUGUUGUAAAAUCGAUACCGGCUGUCACUGAAUUUACAGCCCAGCUUCAGAUCCUUGAAUUACUUGAGAAUGCUAUUUUUACAGCUGGCUAUAAGGCUGUCUUGCACAUUCAUUCUGUUGUUGAGGAAUGCGAGAUAGUUCAACUACUACAGCAAAUUGAUCCGAAGACAAGGAAACCCAUGAAAAAGAAAGUUCUUUUUGUGAAGAAUGGUGCUGUUGUUGUUUGUCGUAUUCAGGUUAACAACAUGAUUUGCAUUGAGAAGUUCUCAGAUUUUCCGCAACUUGGGAGGUUCACUCUUCGCACAGAAGGAAAAACCGUUGCAGUAGGAAAAGUCACAGAUCUUCCCUCAAGCAGUAGUGCUUAAAAGAUUUUGUUGGUAGAGGUAAGCUUAUGCUGUUGGGUUGCAUUUCAGAAGAGUGUUGAUUUUUACAUGUUGCCUGAUCUAAUAGUUUUAAGGGAAAGUUGAGAUGGUUAUUGUUGCUUUAUUUUUUUAUGUAUGGGAUCGGAUAUUGGUAUGAACCAAUUCACACCCACCCACCCACAUCGUUCAUUAAAAAUGAAACACAAAUAGAGUUUUAUUAAAGUUGGGGAAAA